UCCUCCACCUCCCACAGCAGCUCACAAGCUGGGAGACAGCCGGAGCCUCCUGGCCGAGCACGCAGGCCUUGUACAGCCGGCCCCCCACUCAGCAUCACAGGGAAGGCGCUCUGCAGAGGCGCCAUCCGCAGGUGCCGCCAGCCACUGCACCAUGGAGAAGGUGCAGUACCUGACCCGCUCAGCCAUCAGGAGGGCCUCGACCAUCGAGAUGCCCCAGCAGGCGCGCCAGAACCUCCAGAACCUCUUCAUCAACUUCUGCCUCAUCCUCAUCUGCCUGCUGCUCAUCUGCAUCAUCGUGAUGCUGCUCUGAGUCCCGCAGGCCCCGCGGAGGGGCCGGGGCUGCGCGCACCAUCUCGUCCUGUCCUGUCUGUCCCUCCAGCCCUCUGGAGCCCAGCCGCACCUGCGUUCCCGGAAACACUUCCAGCCUUCGCGCCCUAAUGACUGCGGCACAGCGUGUGACGCCCCAGAAGACCACUUUCAGUAGCCGGCAGUUUCCUGAGUCCUGUCUGAGGAUGGCGCUGGAGUGUAAUUUUGAAACACAUGGCGACCAAGGUCACUAGCUGCAGCGAAUCAACCCCACUCUCGGGCCAACACACAAUCCAGAACGCACUGUCGGUACCUCUGAUAGUUACUACGUAGGUGCAAGUCUUCCCCAAGCAGUGGUGGUGAACCUGUGGCACGCGGGCCACGCAGGCUGUCUGUACCGCCAAAUGCUUUGCCACCACUGCAUGAGGAAACGCCACUGAGCACAGCAGAGGGCUGCCGCACCUGUAGGUACUGACUGGGAACCUCGUCAGGACCUCGCUUCCACACCACAAGUUACAGCCUUUUCCUGUACCAAAUUAACAUUUUGAAGUUUAUGAAAAUCAAAUAAAGGAACGUGUUCUUAUGUAAAUAAAAUUCCGCUAAUUGUUUUGAAAAAUGGAA